AAAUCUCCCAGGUCAUCACAUGACCAGAACCAGCACACACAUGUCGCUUCCUCUUCCUAUAAAGCCAUCAAGGUUUGACCAUGGUGGCUAUGCCCUGGUAACUUAAAUUCUCAUCACCUCUCAAAAGCCCUACCUUGAAGGACACAGUCCUGUUUUCUACCCUCUUAAACCUCACAAUGGGGUGGGGGUUUAAGACCCCAGCAUGAGCUUGGGAGGACAAGCCAUCUUCAAAUUCCAGCCAUGUUUUAAGAGCUGUGCUGAGGUCAGGGAGCCCGGCUUCCUCCAAUCUCUUCCCUGUUGUAAUGGCGCCCACUUCUCGAUCCAGCUCAUCAUGCCAGAGGAGAUCAGGACACAGAUGGGCACAGAGGGCCACCCACAUGGGAUCACAGGAGCAGAAAGCAUCUACAGCCAAGGGGAGACACAGCAGAAGAACCAGCCAUGUAACACCCCGAUCCAGCCUUCUAGUCCCAGACCGAAGACUAAAUGCACUAAAUGUCUGAAAAAACAAUGCCGGGCGCUCCAGAUGCAGGGCGUGAAGGAGAAAACAGCACAGAACAAGGCCACAAUGAGCCUUCUGCGCAGCAACCUCCGUCGAGGGGCCCACGAGUGGGCUUUGGCAAAGAAGUAUGACCAGUGGACCAUCUCCAAGGCCUGCGCGAAGGAUGCGUCCAUGAGGCUGGCACACUGCCGCAGUUCUAUGGAGGUGGCUCGGGAGAAGCUGCGCAAGUACGUCUUCGACCGUGUGAAUGCACACAACGUGCUGAUUUAUCUGGCUCGUCGACGGGGACAGAAGCUAGAGAGCUUGCAAGGGGAGCUGGCCAGCCUGCGGAACCAGCCAGAUGCCACUAAAGAGGAGCUAAAGCUGCUGCAGGUUAUCCGCCAGCUGGAGAACAACAUUGAAAAGACCACGAUCAAGAUCACCACCAGCCAGAACAUCCACAUGCUGUACACAGACCUGCUGGAUUACCUGAAGAAGGUGCUGGCAGGCUACCCCACAGAGCUAGACAAACUUCAGAACCUGGUGACCAACUACUGCUCGGAGCUGUCAGAUAUGACAGUCAUGUCCCAAGAUGCCAUGAUGAUUACUGAUGAGGUCAAGAGGAACAUGAGGCAAGGGGAGGCGUCCUUCAUCGAGGAGCGAAGGGCACGAGAGAACCGGCUGAAUCAGCAAAAGAAGCUUAUUGACAAGAUCCACACCAAGGAGACCAGCGAGAAGUACCGCCGUGGCCGGAGGGACUUGGAUUUCCCCUCCAAUCUGAUGAGUAUGGACACCACGAAGGUGAGGAAAAGAGAAACUUCCAUAGCAGAUAUGGAAUACCAGACAGAAGUGACGGCUUUGGUGGAGAGGGUCAAAUCUGCUGUACAGUGCUCCCACCUCUGGGACAUAGCUGGCCGCUUCCUGGCUCAGAAGAAUACAGAGGAGAACCUGGAGCUGCAGAUGGAGGAUUGUGAGGAGCGGCGGACCCAGCUGGAGGCCCUGAUGAAGAAGCUGGAACUGGAAGAGGCACUGCUCAAAUUCCACCAGAUACCCAGCUCUGCUGGCUUUAGUUCUAUUGAGAAAAAGAUGAAGAGCAUGCUAGAAGAGGAAGAAGCAAGGCUCCAGCUGGCCCACAACAACAUGACCAAGAGCCAGCAGCUGCUACUGGCCAUUCAGACGGGCAUUGACAACCUCUACAUCCGGCUCAUCGGCAUCACCUUGCCAACUACCCAGAAACAAUUAUCAAUAUCUGACACCCUUGAUGUGUAUAGCAAGCUGGACUAUUGCGAGGGGAAGCUCACAUAUCUGGCUGACCGCAUGCAAACGCAGUCCAGAAAUGAGGAGGUCGACGCAAAGGUGAAGGACGCCCUGGAAUCAUCAACUCUAAAGGAGAAACAUAAUACCAGAAUUACCUUUGAGGACCAAGAGGAGGACAUGAUAGAAACCUUCCAGUUUGCGGACGUGGACCAUAGCUACGUCCCUUCGCGGGCCGAGAUAAAGAAACAGGGCCAACGGCUGAUCGAGGGGAAGCUCAAGGUGUCCAAAAAGAAGAAGAAGUAGCCCGGGCCGGGCUUUAAAACACAAAUAAACAUUUUUCCAGAACUACU